AAUAAUAUUGUUAUUAUUGCUAGAUAUUGGACCUUCAGUGGCUACAAUAUUUUGAAAGACAGAACUCUCUUCCCUCCCAGACCUUGGCGUUUCACGAUCUGACAUCACCGAUUGACGAUCGCGGAGAGAGAAGAGAGGAUAUAGUCUCUCUGCGCGCGACAGGCCCACAUGUUUUGCUUUGUUUUCUCUUUGUUUGGUACUUGAAGAACUAGGGUUAGGGUUUUGGAUUUGCGGUUGAUGUGGUUGAAUUAGGAUUCGAAGAAAGGAAGGAAGAAUCGAGUAUAUAGUGUGUUGAUGAAGUAAAAUUUAGUAGUAGAUGGAAGGGCGGAGGAUAUCGGCAAGCCCUAGGCCGUGCUCGGGGAGGCGUGUGGUGGCGAAGAAGAGAGCUCGGUCGGAUGUUAUAAUGAAUAGUGUGAAGAAGCUGCAGAGGCGCGAGAUUUCCUCAAAGAGAGAUCGAGCUUUCACUGUCAGCAACGCCCAGGAGAGAUUCCGCAACAUGCGCAUGAUGGUUGAAUAUGACACUCAUGACCCCAAGGGGCAUUGUUCAGUGGUACUCCCCUUUUUGGUGAAGAGAACGAAAGUAAUUGAGAUUGUUGCUGCCCGCGAUAUUGUUUUUGCUCUUGCACAUUCUGGUGUUUGUGCAGCUUUUAGUAGAGAGAGAAAUGAGCGGAUAUGUUUUUUGAAUGUGAGCCCUGAUGAAGUCAUUCGGAGCUUGUUCUAUAAUAAGAACAAUGAUUCCCUGAUCACAGUCUCAGUUUAUGCUUCUGACAGCUUUAGCUCUUUGAAGUGCAGGUCCACUAGGAUUGAAUACAUAAGAAGAGGCAAGCCCGAUGCAGGAUUUGCUCUUUUUGAGUCUGAGUCCUUGAAGUGGCCUGGAUUUGUGGAAUUUGAUGAUGUUAAUGGGAAGGUGCUAACUUACUCUGCACAAGAUAGUAUAUACAAGGUUUUCGAUCUGAAAAACUACACCAUGCUCUACUCUAUAUCAGAUAAAAAUGUACAGGAAAUCAAGAUCAGUCCUGGGAUAAUGCUGUUGAUUUUCAAUAGAGCAAGUAGCCAUGUUCCUCUUAAGAUUCUAUCGAUAGAAGAUGGCACAGUUCUCAAAGCUUUCAACCAUCUGCUUCAUCGCAACAAGAAGGUGGACUUCAUUGAACAAUUUAAUGAAAAGCUUCUUGUUAAGCAGGAAAAUGAGAACCUUCAGAUUCGUGAUGUUCGAACCUCUGAGCUGAUGGAAGUUAGCAGAAAUGAGUUUAUGACUCCUUCAGCAUUUAUCUUUCUAUAUGAGAAUCAGUUGUUUCUAACAUUCAGAAAUAGAACUGUUGCUGUUUGGAACUUUCGUGGGGAGCUUGUAACUUCAUUUGAGGAUCACUUACUGUGGCAUCCAGACUGCAACACAAACAACAUUUAUAUAACAAGUGAUCAGGAUCUUAUCAUUUCUUACUGCAGGGCUGAAUCUGACUAUCAAUGGGGAGAAGGAAAUGCUGGGUCUAUUAACAUCAGCAAUAUCUUGACUGGGAAAUGCCUGGCUAAAAUAAAUGCGACGAAUGCAAGUCCCACAGUUGAAGAGUGCAGCAGCAGUAGUACAGGCAAUUCUAAAAAGCGGAUUGUCGCAGCCCCAAUGAUGAGCACAGUUUCUGAGGCCUUGGAAGACAUAACUGCUCUUUUCUAUGAUGAAGAGCGCAAUGAGAUAUACACUGGUAACAGACUUGGUCUGGUGCAUGUCUGGUCGAACUGAAGAGAGGAUGUUUUGUCAUUCUGAUCUUGGAUACACACGGGAAGAACACUACAGGGUUUCGUGCAUUGUCUAACUGGGGCAGAUAGCUGGCACUGGAACGACAGUGAGAGGAUGGUUAUUCUGCCUUGCUGGCUCGAGUGCAUUUUAACCUUGGAGCACUGUAUCAUUAGAUGAGUUUCAAAACCGUUUUCAGAUUGUAUCAUUAGAUUUAUUUGAUUGUUGUGUUGUAAUGGUUCCUGCAUAUGUAUGCUGCCCGACUAAGAAGCAGUGAUGGCAGGUAAUUGGUUCACUAAGUUGUUAAUCUUUGCGGGGAUAUCAUUUAUGUGUACGCCUAAUUUUUAAUUGUCGUGUUGCUUGCAGAGAGGAACAAAGUUUGUCAAUGACUUCUUACUCGUUCCCUCCGAUUAUGCAUUCAAUUUGUGAGAAAGCAUUCUUUUUGUUGUGAACGUGAACUUCUCAACAAGUAUUUGAGAGAGAGCAUAUGUAAGCAGUGGAUACAAGUUGGUGAUAUUUUAGGAGUGCCUUGAAUGAUUUGUAUAGAGCUAAAAUGCAUGAAUGAAAUAUAUGUCCUGCAUUUGCAUUUGCAUUUG